UGACCGCAAUACCCAAUACACAGUUAACGUUAGCCGUGGUUUAAAUAAUGGAGACUUGGGACAGAUUCCUUGAGUCUGGAGAAAAGCACUGAUUUCAUUUGUUUAUGCGGCUCUUCCCAGAUCAGAUGCGUCUCCGCUCAACCCCAUUCGAGCAAACUCCUGCACCACUCUUCAAUCCCCACUGCUCACUACUGACCAUCCGUUCUCUCACCUACGGGCUCCAUGAAACCUUGGGAUAUCAGUAGUCAGUAGUGACCUUGGGGGCCAUGGAGUUUGCGACUGGGGCACUGGGCACCCUGCUUCCCAAGCUAGGACAGCUGCUCCAAGAUGAGUACAACCUUCAGAAGGGAGUGAAGAAAGACAUCCAGUUCGUCAGGAAAGAGCUGGAGAGUAUGCAUGCCGCCCUCCGCGAUGUCGGAGAGGUGCCACAGGAGCAGCUCAAAGAAGUAAUUAGGAUCUGGGCUCGGGAUGUUCGGGAGCUCUCCUACGACAUGGAGGACAUAGUUGACACCUUCCUGGUGCGUGUCCAGGGCUCCGAGCCUCCCAGCAAAAGGAGUGUGAAAAGGUUCGUCAAGAAGAUGACAAGUAUUGUGAGCAACGCCAAGACUCGCCAUGACAUUGGCCAAGAGAUCAAGGACAUCAAGGAGCGUGUCAAAGACGUGGCCGAGCGACGUGACAGGUACAAGGUUGAUGCUAUUACUCCUACCAAAACCUCAGUCGACCCUCGCAUAACAGCUCUGUACACUAAAGCGGCUAGCCUUGUGGGCAUUGAUAAGCCAAGGGAAGAGCUGAUCUCGAUGUUGACAAAGGAAGAUGGUGGCGAGUCGUCUGUUGAAGAAAGGAUAGUCUCUAUUGUUGGCUUCGGAGGACUAGGCAAGACAACGCUUGCUAAAGCAGUUUAUGACAAGAUUAAACAGCAAUACAAUUGCACGGCUUUUGUGUCGGUGUCUCGUGAUCCUGAUAUUAUAAAAAUUUUGAAGGACUUGCUUUAUGAGCUUGAUAGAAAUGAGUACAUGGGCAUUCACAACACAGCAUUGGGUCAACAUCAUCUUACUGACCUUGUCCAAGAAUUUCUCAAAAAUAAGAGGUACCUCAUUGUUAUUGAUGAUAUAUGGGAUACAAAACCAUGGGAGAUGAUACGGUGCGCGCUACCUGAGAAUGGCAAGAAAAGCGGAGUACUCACAACUACCCGCAUAACUGAUGUUGCUGAGCAUGUUGGUGGUUGCUAUAGGAUGAAACUUCUUACUCAAGAGAGCUCUAAAAUCUUAUUCUAUGGACGAAUAUUUGGGUCUAUAGACAAGUGUCCUCCACAAUUUUCUGAUGUAUCUGAAAAUCUUUUGAAGAAAUGUGGAGGUGUCCCAUUAGCCAUCGUAACCACAUCUAGCUUGCUGGCUAAUAAGUCAAGAAAUGUAAAUGAGUGGCAGGAUGUGUGUGACUCAAUUGGUUCUGGACUAAGAAACAAUCCUGGUAUGGAUAGUAUGAGGAAGAUAUUGCUGCUUAGCUAUUAUGAUCUGACUCCACAAUUGAAGACAUGCUUACUAUAUCUAAGUAUAUUUCCGGAAGAUUAUCAGAUCAAUAAGCUGCGGUUGAUAGAGAGAUGGAUAGCCGAAGGAUUCGUCCAACAAGGAGAUGGGAGGCAAAGCUUGCAUGAGAUUGGACAGAGUUACUUCAAUGAACUUCUAAAUAGAAGCCUGAUCCAGCCAGCAGACAUGGAUGAGGAUGAAAUGAAUCUUUUUUCUUGCCGGGUUCAUGAUAUGGUGCUAGAUCUCAUUUGCUCCUUGUCAAGAGAUGAAAGUUUUGCUACCACAUUAAAUGGUGACUGCAAGGAAAUCACUUCUUCUUUGGAAAGCAAGGCUCGGAGGCUCUGUAUCUAUAAUACCACUUGGCCUAGUAUUAACAUGUCAACAUUGAGGUCGCUCACUAUCAGCAGUUAUGCUUUAAUUAACACUAUGCCACCCCUUUCAUGCUUUUAUCUUCUGCGAGUAUUGGAUCUUGAAGGAUGCGAUCUUAGUGAUCAUUCAAGUAUAGAUUUUGUUGGUAAAUUACUUCACCUGAGGUAUCUAAGUCUAUCAAGCACUGGAUAUGCUGGCGACAUCCCAAGAGAGAUAGGGAAGCUACUGUUUUUGCAGUCAUUUUGGUUCGAUGGAACUGACAUAAAAGUACUGCCAUUGAGUAUCUUCGGGCUGAGACAAUUAAUGAGCCUUUGUGUUGGGGACAGUACAAGGCUGCCAACAACAAGUGGGUUGAGAAAUCUAUCGUCUCUGGAGCUGUUACAGAUUAAUGUGGAUUCUACAUACAUUGCAGAACAGCUAGGCUAUCUGACACAACUGAGGGCAUUGAUGGUUAUGCUGAUCAUAAAGGACAAGGAAGGCAGAUGGGAUGAAAGCAUGUGCAGAGUUCUGGUGCGGUCCCUUGGCAAACUGCACAAAAUCCAAAGUCUAGGAGUAGUAAUCCCAGAUGACGUGGAUGUUGAUCUUGAUGGUUCAGUGGACUCCCUGCGCAGCCUAUCCAAUCUUGGUAUUUAUGGAACCAGUCGGUUGCCGACAUGGAUCGAUCCCACAUCAUUUCUCCUCCUAUCCUUGCUGGACAUAAAGGUGGGUCAGAUUAGAUGUGAGGACAUCCAAGUCUUUGGCAUGCUGCAGGCUCUUCUUGUUCUGGAAGUGAAAGUGGAUGGCGCCAAACAAAUGUUUGAGAGGUUCAUGGUUACCGUGGAUGCCUUCCCAUGUGUGACACGGUGCAAAUUCUCUGGGUUUUCAACAGUGCCAUCUAUGUUCCCACCUGGAGCUAUGCCCAGGCUUCAACGUUUUAAAUUCUAUAUCCGACCAGAGGAUUUCGGUGGUCAUAGUGAAAUUACUGUUGAUGACCUGGCCCUAAGCCACCUGCCAUCCCUUCAGAACGUUCGGGUUCGCCUUGAUGGAGAGGAGACAUUGAGUGAAGAGUUAGCAUUGAAAGUAAAAGAGACACUGAGGAACGAGGCACGUGCCCACCCCAACCAUCCUAAUAUUGAUAUCCGAAUUGAUGAGGAGUGGAUCCAGUUGUGCAUGUAAUCGUUGGACGUACAUCGGCUUUACUCUAGAUUCAGCAACAACCCCAGCAUUUCCACUUUUCACGGUGCAGCUUUACUCUACCAUCGACAUCAAUGACCAAUUGGCCAUUCCAACACUCACAUUGUUCUUGGUUACUUGAUCAUGCUCGAUGAAUCUCUGUAGAUCCACUUGGCUUGCUCAAGGUUUCAGUUUACUAUGUUCGUUAGACUUUCAGUAACAGUUGAUCGUGCCGAGCUGAUGGCUUUCUAUAUUUUAUCCUGUCAUGUAUGUACAAUUAAGUUUGUGCCAUACACUUGUUUUGCAAAAUUAUUGGAGGUACACUCA